CGGGAUGCCUAAGGGCGGGUUUGUGUCGAUUGCGACCACCGCGUGCGAACACGUGCAGGCCACGCGACUCAAGUCGCGCUUACGCGUGUUUGUACGGGAUGGCUGCUCCGUCGCAGACCCUGGAUGGCCGCGUCCAAUCAGACAAUGCUUCUGCAAUCGAUGGUCCCUUUUUGGGAUUGACGAAUCGACGCGCGAGGGUAACACGUGUUCGUCAAGAGAGGCUGGCCGCACAGACUUCCAGUGACGAGGGUGUUUCCACUCGGAUGCGAUCUACGAGCCACCAGCAGUUGAGAUCUUCAGGAUUAGGCAGGGGGAGCUUUUCAGAAUGUCGAUGGAGGAAUGAGAACAUUCCUGAGAGGAACCUACGGCGAUGUUCAAAAACGGGGAGCCUCUUUGCUGAAGUGUCUCCAGCUGAACAAUGGAGUGAUGAAGAUAGAAAUCUGCGAGGGAGCUCAAGAACAAGGGGGCAAGAAUGCCUUUCUCCAAGGAGAACCCUGCAAGAUGUGAAAGCCAAGCUUGCAAGAUAUGCAAGAGAGAAAGUGUGGGAUCAGGACUCCGAAGAUGAGGAAGCUAUGAGUUCGGAUGUGAGGGACAAGGACGUCACUCGCGAUUCAGCUGAGACUUUGAAGUUGUCAACAGACCAAGCCAGUGUGAGAGCAGGGAGCCCUGUGCCAAGCAUUUCCGGUGGCAAUCCAAUCGUGGUGUAUCACGAUGCAUCAGCUGAAAUUGCAGACAUUGACUUGCGGCUCCAUGCACUCCAAAACUUUCUGCAAGCAGCAAAGACGUCGGUGGCACAGUCGUCAGACAGCAGCAGCCAAAUGUGACCAGAGGUCCUGAACUGCAUUUCUGGCUCCUCACUCGAAUGUCACAUGCCUUUGCAUCAGGCACCGCAAUCGCUGUAUGAUUAUCGCGAACGACCAGGCAAUCCUACGUUCCGCAUGCGCCGGGUCAGUCUUCGAAUAUUGAAUGGCCCAUGCGCAUGGCAGAAUCCGAGGCAGGCAGUGCUAUCGGCUUUUGUCGAUUCCAAACUGCAUCAGAAAUUAAAAGUUGAUGACACAACGCGAACACAGUGCAGCGCUCAAGACUGGCAUCUCCCUUUGUAGCCGAUACCCAACCAGACUGAUCAUUUGCAGCAACAUUUCUGAGGCCCGGUCAUAUCAUUAUCUGACAAUGCUUCCAGGCUGUCACAACAGGGAUGGUCAGGCUCUUCUGAGGCACAGUCAUAUAGUUACACUAGGACUUAGUACGGGGUCUUGUAGUAUGGGGUUGAAUUCUUUUCCCGAAUCAGUGCUUAAAAAGGAAAUUCGAAGAAAAGGAUUGGAGGUUAAACAUAAAAAAGCAGAGAAAAAUAAAGCAAUCCAUUUGUGAAUCAUAAGAGGGGCACCAGUCAAGGCAACUUCGUUGCGAGUUCGAACUAAGUCUGUGCCUGUAAGUUUCGACCGGAGACGAAACUUCGUAGUAAUAAAAUAAAUACGUGCAG